GACACGGCUAACGUUGCAUUCUUGUACAGUUGUUAGCUAGCUAGCUAGUGUUAACGUCGCCUCAUGCACAGUCUAUGCAAGACGCUAACGUCUUCUAGCUAGCUCGCUAAGUUGCUUAACACAGUUAUUGAUGCAGAUGCAGCGUAAACAAGUCUGAAACGCUAGGUAAUGUUUUCUGUCCAGUGUUCUUUAUGGGGACACGAUUGGGCAUCACCCCCCACCAACGCUGCUCUUAACGGCUUUACGUGAUGAUUAACAAAAACAUGAGCGGUUAACGUUGGGGACGAUGUCAGCUCUUUGCUGUGAUCCAGAAAUCUGAGUUGAUCUGUAGAGGCCUCCCACGUGAGUUUCCUGAAUUGGAAGGAGGCUUCUCUUAAACAUAAAGCCAGCCUUUCAAAUAGACAGUUGUUGUGGUUCUUUAAGAUGAAAGCUACUGAGUAGAGCUCAGUGGGUCCAGAAGAGGCCAAAGAGAAGACCGAGAAGGAAACAGGAAAUAGCAGUGUUGACUGACCAUGGCCUACUCAAACUACAGUAGCCUGAACAGGGCUCAGCUCACUUUUGAGUACCUGCACACAAACUCGACAACCCAUGAGUUCUUAUUUGGAGCCUUGGCUGAGCUUGUGGACAAUUCCAGAGAUGCCAAUGCCACACGAAUUGACAUCUACACAGAGAAGAGACCAGAACUGCGGGGUGGCUACAUGCUCUGUUUUCUCGAUGAUGGUAUAGGAAUGGAUCCUAAUGAGGCAACCCAUGUGAUUCAGUUUGGAAAGUCCAGCAAGCGGUCGCCAGAGUCCACUCAGAUUGGACAAUAUGGAAAUGGACUUAAAUCGGGCUCCAUGCGUAUCGGGAAAGACUUUAUCUUGUUCACUAAAAAGGGCAACACUAUAACUUGCCUUUUCCUGUCAAGGACAUUCCAUGAAGAGGAGGGACUGGAUGAGGUCAUAGUGCCUCUCCCCGCCUGGGAUCUGACAACCAAACAGCCUCUGACUUCUGACCCUGAGAAGUAUGCCAUAGAGACAGAGCUCAUUUUCAAGUAUUCACCCUUUAAAAAUGAACAGCAGUUGAUGGAGCAGUUCAAGAAAAUAGAAAGUAACAGUGGCACUCUGGUGAUCAUAUAUAAUCUGAAGCUGAUGGACAAUAGAGAACCUGAGCUGGAUGUAGAGACAGAUCACCAGGACAUCCUGAUGGCUGGGACACCUGCUGAAGGAGUAAAACCAGAGAGGAGGUCAUUUCGAGCUUAUGCUGCUGUGUUGUACAUCGACCCACGCAUGAGGAUCUUCAUCCAGGGGCACAAAGUCAGGACAAAGAGGCUGUCCUGCUGUCUUUAUAAACCAAGGGUUUAUAAAUACUCAUCAACUCGUUUCAAAACACGUGCUGAGCAGGAAGUGAAGAAGGCUGACCAUCUUGCCAAGAUUGCGGAAGAGAAAGCCCGAGAGGCGGAAAGUAAACGCUUGGCUUUAGAGGCCAAAUUAGGAGAUGACCUGUCGAAAGAGUCACGGGCAAUUCUGAGAAAGGCUCAGGACACAGCUAUGAUGCUUCGACGGGAUGCUGACAUGAAGAAGAAAAUCCUGGAAACCAAGCAGAGAGCAUUAAAGGAGCCGAAGGAGCUAAGUUUUAUAUUUGGGAUUAAUAUUCAGCAGAGGGACCUGGAUGGGAUGUUCGUUUACAACUGCUCUCGUCUCAUCAAGAUGUAUGAGAAGACUGGGCCUCAACUGGAGGGAGGGAUGGCCUGUGGCGGUGUGGUGGGAGUAGUGGAUGUUCCAUACCUAGUACUAGAGCCAACUCAUAAUAAACAAGACUUUGCAGAUGCCAAGGAGUAUCGACAUCUACUUAAAUCCAUGGGGGAGCAUCUAGCUCAGUACUGGAAGGACAGUAACAUUGCUCAGAAAGGUAUAGUGAAGUUUUGGGAUGAGUUUGGCUACUUGUCUGCCAGCUGGUCUGCCCCCCCUUCGUCAGAACAAAGAUACAGGAGACGUCGUGCCAUGGAGAUACCAAUUACCAUACAGUGUGACAAGUGUUUAAAAUGGAGGACACUGCCAUUCCAGAUGGACGCAGUGGAUAAACGUUACCCAGACAGCUGGGUAUGUCUGAUGAACCCUGACAGCACCCAGGACAGGUGUGAUGCUCCUGAACAGAAACAGAACCUGCCAUGUGGCGUCCUGAAGAAAGACAAAUUGACAGCUGAAGACAAACAGAGAGAGCUUUCAGAAAAAAUCAAACAGCAGCAGGAGAAACUAGAGGCUUUGCAGAAAACCAGCACCAUAAAAUCUUCAGCAGAUGUGAAGAAGCUACCACUGGAGGUCAGCAUGAGACCAACCACAGAGAGCACACCUCAGGCAACCAGGUCCUCUGAGAGGUCCUUAUCACGCCCCCGCUCCCCACCACUUCCAUCGCACCUUAAAAACGCCCCCAGUGCCCCCCCAACUCGUUCUGCUCCUCAGCGCCCCACCCGAACACCUGUUCCUCCCCCUACACCUCCCAGAAUCGAACCAUCCAGGGCCAGAGCUGCAGCGAAGUCUCCCUCAUCUGCAGCAAAGCCUGCCAAAGCUCCUGCCAAAGCCGCCCCACCCAGCCGCAGCUCACGGACGCCAGCCAAAGCAAUGCUUACCAAAUCAGCACCUGCAAGCCAGCGUAAGAGAAUUAUACAGCAGGAAGACAGUGAGGAAGAGGAAGAAGAAGAGGAGGAGGAAGAGGAGGAUGGAAGUGAGGAGGAGAGUGAAGAGGAAGAACCACAGACUAAGAAGUCCAAAAUGGCUGCAGCAGCUGGUAACCGUGGGAAGGUGGCAGAGAAGGCUGUACCUCCCAAACGUGGCAAGUUGGCAGAGGUUGCCUCACCCCCCCAACCUGAGAAGAAAGGAGUAGCUACUCCUACACGACAGCCCCCCACCACUUCUUCCUCUGUCACUAAAGCAACCCCCACACAACAGCAGGGACCUAAGGUCAAGGCAGCUGAGAAGGCCACAGAGCAGGAACCAGAGAACGACGCUAAGAAUGCACAAAAAGAUAAGGGUCUGCUUGUUGAGGUGCGUGUCAAUAAGGAGUGGUACACAGGCAAAGUCAUUGCUGUGGAGACAAACAAGCAGAGUGUGCGCUGGAAAGUGAAGUUUGACUACGUACCCAGAUCCACCCCCAAAGACCGCUGGGUGUUCAAGGGUAGCGAUGAGGUUCGGUUGAUGCGGCCACCAUCUCCAAUCACCCAGACCCCUGACACCCAGCAGGAGACUGAGAAGGGCCCCGCCCCCAUGGAACCGGACACUACUCAACCAGGAACCAGUCGAGAGGUGACAGACAGCCUCGUCACCAUGAUGAGGACAAUGCUGCGCUACUUCUUCCCUCCAGAUUUUCGGAUUCCAAAGGACGAUGUCAACAGUAUGACAGCUGAGGAGUUGGUGGCAUUUCCUUUGAAAGAGUAUUUCCAACAGUAUGAACUGGGUCUCCAGUCAUUGUGUAACUCCUACCAGAGCAGAGCUGAUGCCAGGGCUAAAGCUGUGGAGGAGAAGAGCAGCAAUGCUGAGAUCAAACUGAAGGAAGCAGACGAGAAACUGCAGAAACUGCGAACAAACAUUGUAGCGCUUCUGCAGAAAGUACAGGAGGACAUUGACAUAAACACAGAUGACGAGCUGGAUGCCUACAUAGAAGAUCUUCUCACCAAGGGUGACUGAAGGAGACCCAGAAGUCAAAGAAAUGAAAAAAGAGGAUUCAGACACAUGCACAUAAACAGACUAAAUGGCUUGAACAUGUCAUUCCAACAAUGAUUUGCUGACAGAUCCAUGAAGACUCAUGCUCAGUUCAUGCUUCUGUUUUUAUGUGCAGAGUUGGUCAUACUUUAUAUGUGCAUAGGCACCUGAGUAUAUCUGAGGGUAUACUCAAUGUUAAUCCUUACAGUUGUUGGAUCAAAAUGGUCAUCUUAAUUUUGAUCUUUCUGUUUGUUUUAGUUAGCACCAGCAUGCUCUUGGAGUUUGGGCAGGUUUGUCUGGUGGUUCUACUUUGUUGGUGAGCCUUUGGGCCUGUGGGUUCCUUUUUUAGUCCUUUUAUAUACCUUCUUGUGUAUAUUUAUCUAUGUUUAAGCCAUCCUAUCACUGUUGACCAUUGAAAUAACGUAGGUUCAAUACUUUACCCAACAUGGAGAUUGUAUAUGAUUAACAUUUAAUUCCUCCUUUUGGUCCGUAGGUGAGAAUUUAUUUGACAAACCAAUAAGUAAUUCAAGACCUAUUCAGCCAGGUUGUCCUUUCCACUCUGGUAUAUAUUCAGACAUAAACUUUUGUUUUUGUGCACUAAAGGAGAAACACUUGUCAGUGUUGCCCAUCACCCUCCAAUAUCCUGUUCCUGCCCAUAGAGAAUAACGGUUUGCCUACCGUAAGUUUAGGUGAUUUGUGACACCCACAAGCAAGAACUACUUAACUGGGUUUUAUCAGUAUGAUUAUUUUCUUAAAUCCCUCCUUACCAUUAAGCUAUGACUGUUCUUUGUGUUUGAUUUGCGGGGGGAAAAGAAACAUUUUAGUUCAAUGCAAAACUUGUGUUCAUAAUUAUUCAGUGCCUGUGCUCCUUCCUUUGAACAGAUUUUUAACAUACCAUGGAAAUGUUUUAAUAAAAGGUGCAUGUUUUCAGUCGUUUUGUUCUGAUUGGAACAAAGGAUGCUGUAUUUUUGACAAAUCUUUACAUAGAACAACAAUAAAACAGGUUCAGUAUCGACUCUGCUC